UUUUCUUCCCCCAGUCCGAUUCGUAAAAAUUUCAAUAAUUUCUCAAUUCUCCUGCCGCACUUGACUGGUCGGCGGCAAUCGGAUUAGUGAGAUUUGCAUUCCUCUCUCUGGCACUUGAGUCAACGCGCGUUCGACCCGCGCACAAGUCAUCAUUUGCAUCCCACCGGCCAAGGGGCGAGAAUCAGCUGUUUUCCCUUGAAGAGUCCUGGUCCUGGCACUCGGUCACAUGUGGAUUUAAUCCUCGAUUGAAAGGAUGGAUGGUGGUUGGGCAUCUUAAUAAAGUGCACACACACACACACACACAGUCCACACCCACGCGGCAUGCAUGAGUGGUCACUUUGCUCAACUGGCAGGACAAACGCUUGUGCGCAUGGUCCACCCGAAAGGAAAGGAGAUGGAAAGCGGCAACGUAUCUCCGCGUUUGGGAAUAUAAAAACGGACUCCCUUUUCAAACCCAACUGUAGUGUCGCACCAAACGGCCCCCGUGCAGCAGGCGGAUCUGAUGGUAGUGAUGUUGAAUCUAAAAACCGUUGCUAUCGCUUCCUAAAUCUGGAUUACAUCGUUCCCCUCAUCAACUAAUCUCCCAAUUUCCCCCUUCCCCCUCUUGGAACCGUUUUUGCACCGGAACCGCAUCGCCCAGCGAUACAUGUGAGAAAGUGCGCGUGUGUGUGUUUGUUGUGGGUAAUUUUCUGUUCUGGAUUUUGUUGACGAUGGCUGCUACCGGUGGAACGGUGCACGGUCGGCUGCUGCUGUCCGCGCUCUGCGUGAUCCUCACGCUGGGAGGAUCAUCGUCCGAGCCGGAUGGGGAGCUGGCGGCGGAUCGUCCCAAGACGGCAUAUCUCGGCUGCCACAAGCGGCUGUUCACUUACCGCGUGUCCCAGACGGACAGCAAGGGCCGCGAGUGCUGGGAUCACGUGAGCGUGCUGUCCUGCUGGGGUCGCUGUGAUUCGAACGAAAUCUCCGACUGGCGGUUUCCGUACAAGCGGUCCCACCAUCCGGUGUGCGUGCACGCCGGCAGGACGAAAGCGGUAGCCCUGCUGCGCCACUGCCAUCCGGAUGCGGAUCCGGCCGCGCGCCAGUACGAGUACAUGGAGCCAAAGUCUUGCAACUGUCAGACUUGCUCCAGCACUGAUACCAGCUGUGAAGGGCCGAAGCAACUCAACACGGAAGCGGUGACGAAGAUAUUUCAGAUCGACGAGGAAGAUGCGGACCCAGAAUAUCCGUAGAAUGUUGGCUUUCGGAAGCUAAAACUAAACCAAUUCCAUCGUCCCCCAUAUUUGGUAGCCAUUCAACGUGUGGAAAAGAAGAGCGGAGGGCCGUGCACCAACCGAUUUGCCAACGAUCGAGAAGACGGCGUGUGUUCUGCAUGAUACUAUGGAGCUAUACAGCAACACAAAACGGAUACAUGUAAACCAGUAGAGCCUAAAACGAAUUAAAUAAAUGCGUUAUUUUUGAACCGAAUCACUGAAAGGAGCAUUUUUGUUUUUCGUUCAAAACAAGCAGACUCGCGCGCGGGUCAAAUGUUCGAGACACUGUAUCGAUGUUUUUGUUUGUUUUAAUUUAUUCACAUACACUCUUUGCUUAACACUUAUCUAAUCGCCACGAGACAAAUGAGAGAAGUGAAGAAAAAAAAAGACACAUACAAUGUAAUUAUUACAAAUCAUAAAACAAAAGGAAAAUACAUCAACUGUCGUCACCGGUUGUACUGUUUGUUUGCUGCUGUGAGAAUCAAGUUUGCUUGUAAAGAUUGGUGAUGGUGGUGGUGGUGUUAAGAGGUUUUGUAUUUAAAAAGUAUAAUCAUUCGGUGUCAAUUAAAUGGCCUACACUCUCUGCUUACCCUUCUCCCUCCCUACCUCUCUCAAGUAGUAUACUGGUUUGCGAAAAUGGAUGAAAAAAAUUGUAUGAUUUACGCUUAAAAACACUAAAGGGCGACCGUUAUGGGGGGAAAGAGGUGCUUUGCUGCUUACGACACGCGCGUUCGGUUGCCACCACUUGAAUCGUCCGUAUGUAUUAUUGCUGCUAAGGUGUCACAAAAGGUUUACUCUGUCUCCCUCCUUUCUCCCCGGUAUCUCAUUCUAGUACAUAAAAAUCUACAACUGUCGCGGUCUAGAGCUUGACGCGAA